AUGACUUGGAAAACCUGGCUGAGUGCCACCUUCACAGACCAAGAAACCUGCUUGGACACUCUUCAAGAACUCAACUCCACGCUUGUCGAUGAUGUGAGGACCGCCAUUGAGAACUCCACCAAAUUCGCCAACAAUAUUUUCACAACCCACGAGUCCACGACUGAAACUAACGAAUUAGCAACGGCCAAACUACAUCUUAUCCAGGGUAUUGGAGUUUCACAAUUAGUCUCGGAAAUGGCUACCACCGGUCUCUGCUUUCUCUCCCGAAACACCACCAAAAUCCUAAACUUCUCACUUCCAAAGCUCACUCCCAGCACUCCCAAACCCAAUUUCCUCUCCAUCACAAGUUUCCCCUCCUCCUUUCCUCGCUUUCUGUGGAGCAAGGUGGCCCCUUUCAAGAGCUCCAACCGACUCUCCUGCCGCAGUGCCUCCACCAUCCCCGUCAGCACCAAGAACUACGAGUUUUCUGAUGGUUCUUCUGAGGUGGAGUUGAGAUUACAACUCAAUGUGGACGUUCAAAAUUUCAGAGAUAUAUUUGUGGAUUCAAACGACACCUCUUUGACAAUUAGAGUACAGCGCAAUGGCUAUCUCAUCACACUUAUAGAAACUAAUCAUCUGUUUGGAAAAAUAAAGCCAGCUGAAACAAUAUGGUACAUAGAUGAAGAUCAACUUGUUAUAAACUUGAAAAAGCAAGAUCCAGAUUUGAAGUGGCCUGACAUUGUGGAGUCCUGGGAGUCCCUGACGAUGGCAUCUACGCAACUUCUGCAAGGAACAUCAAUCUACAUUGUAGGGGAUUCAACUGAAAUUAACCAGAAAGUGGCUCGAGAACUUGCAGUUGGUCUUGGGUACACGCCACUUUGCACAAAAGAGUUGCUGGAAACGUAUACCAAACAAAACAUUGAAUCAUGGGUGCUCACUGAAGGGUCUGACUCUGUCACGGAAGCAGAAGGUGCAAUAUUAGAAAGUUUAAGCAGUCAUGUUCGGGCUGUUGUUGCAACAUUAGGAGGGCAGCAGGGAACAGCUAGAAGGGCUGAUAAGUGGCGGCAUCUUUAUGCAGGAUUUACUGUGUGGCUGUCCCACACUGAAGCUACAGAUGAAGAUUCGGCGAAGGAGGAGGCGAGGAGGCAAAUGCAAGAUUCUAGACUAGGUUACUCAAACGCAGACGUGGUUGUCAAGCUUCAGGGUUGGGACACUGAUCAUACCAAAAGUGUGGCCCAGGCAUCCUUGAGUGCCCUUAAACAGUUAGUUCUGUCAGACAAGAAACUUCCAGGUAGGAAGAGCCUCUAUAUAAGGCUGGGGUGUCGCGGUGAUUGGCCAAACAUCAAGCCUCCUGGUUGGGAUCCAUCAGCCGGGAGUAAUGUACCUCCUAGUGCAAUAUAAGUAUGUAUGACGUUUAAUUUUUGUUGAUGUUCGAUCAGUAACAGGAGAAAGAACAAAAACAUUCUUUUUUAUUAGUUUUGAGAUUGAAAUGAAGGUUUAUUUAUGCAUUUUAACUGGCUCUGUAUAAAAAUAGAAAACAAAACUUUCUUCCUUAA